UGACUGGGCCCGACAUGCCAAAUCCGAUGUGUCUGACCGUCCCUCGAGACUAUCUAUCAUUUCUCCGUACAUUUUUGCAUCACGGUGCUGGAUAUACCCGGCUUUAACAAUGGGACGGCGUUGGAGGAGCCAUUAAUCUAUCAAUUGUGAAAAUGGUUGUUUAUCUACCUUGGCUUUCUUUUCUUCUCUGUUGCUAUGCGCUUUCCUUUUUCUUACUUUUUUUUUCCUUUUUUACCUCUCAAAUGGCCAGUGGCUCCCUAUCCAAAGCUCUAAUGACACCGUUGCACUCGCACUCGCACAUGCACUUCGCACUCUUUGUCGUCGCAUCAGUUGGAUCGUUGGCCAUCUCCGUUCGUGUGUUCUUUGGAUCGUCUUUCUACACCAUAUUGGGGCUUUAAACCUUCUGAGCCGAAGAAAUCGGUGGACAGCGA